GGCUAUCAGCAGGCGGGCUUUGCGCGUGCGCCCUGGGAAUAUGAUAAUUUUGUUGAUAUGCAACUGGAGUUUCUCCUUUCGGGUUUUAGUUAAAUUUGCUAAUUGUUUCCCUUUUCCCGACUUCUUGGCUAAACGUUAAGGUUACGCAGAGUGUUCUGCAUGAAGGGCUGAUGGAAAACGCAAGGGAUCUGGCGGAGCAUGGCGCCCGCUCGGAGCGGAAGAGGCGGGACUCGUUCGGGAUGUUUGACGGCUACGACAGCUGCAGCGAGGACUCCAGCAGCAGUUCCAGCUCCGAGGAGAGUGACGAGGAGGUGCCCGCACUCCCUGCCAACCUGCCCAUCAUCAAGACCAAUGGCCAAGUCUACACUUACCCCGAUGGCAAGGCUGGCAUGGCUACGUGUGAGAUGUGCGGCAUGGUCGGGGUGCGGGAUGCCUUCUACUCCAAAACCAAGCGCUUCUGCAGCGUCUCCUGCUCGCGAAGCUACUCCUCCAACUCCAAGAAAGCCAGCAUACUGGCCCGGCUUCAGGGUAAACCACCUACAAAGAAGGCCAAGGUGCUACAGAAGCAACCUCUCAUGGCUAAGUUAGCUGCCUACGCCCAGUACCAGGCCAAUCAGCAGAGUCAGGUGAAGAAAGCAGCUGUUCCAGUAGAGGGGUUUGACUGGGGGCGGUAUAUUGUCGGUGGAGACAUGGUUGGAGCUCCAGUGAGCUGUUUCAAACACGUUCCCAUGGGAACGUCUUGGGGUGACAUCACUGAAGGAGUGCGCAUAGAGGUGCCCAACUCCGACAGCAGCUUGCCCAUGAAGGUCUACUGGAUAGCCAGCGUAAUCAAGCUAGCAGGCUUCAAAGCCCUGCUGCGGUAUGAGGGCUUCGAAGGGGACUCUGGACAGGACUUCUGGUGUAACCUCUGCGUGCCCGACAUCCGUCCCGUGGGCUGGUGCGCGUCAGUGGGCAAACCCCUGGUGCCGCCCGAAUGUAAGGCCAUUCAGCACAAGGUCACCAACUGGAAAGCCUUCCUGGUGAAGCGCCUCAUCGGAUCGAAGACACUCCCCUCAGACUUCUGCACCAAGGUGCAGGAGAGCAUGCAGUUCCCCUUUAAGAAGCUGAUGCGGGUGGAGGUGGUGGAUAAGACGCACCUGUGCCGGACGCGCGUGGCGCUGGUGGAACAGGUGAUUGGCGGCCGUCUGCGGCUCGUCUACGAGGAGAGCGAGGACGGAUCCGACGACUUCUGGUGCCACAUGCACAGCCCCCUGAUCCACUCCAUCGGCUGGUCCCGAAGCAUUGGACACCGCUUCAAGAGAUCAGACGUGUCCAAGAGGCUGGACGGACAGGUGGACGCUCCAGGGCAGCUAUUCGUGAAGGUGAAAGACGUGGAUCAAAGCGGGGAGUGGUUCAAGGACGGCAUGAAGCUGGAGGCCAUCGAUCCUCUGAAUCUCUCUGCCAUUUGUGUCGCCACCGUACGCAAGGUGCUGGCGGACGGAUACCUCAUGAUCGGGAUUGACGGCUCAGAAGCGGCGGACGGCUCUGAUUGGUUCUGCUACCACUCCACCUCCCCGUCCAUCUUCCCGGCUGGUUUCUGCGAGAUCAACUCCAUUGAGCUCACCCCUCCCCGAGGGUACACAAAACUCCCUUUCAAAUGGUUUGACUACCUCAGGGAAAAUGGAUCGGUGGCAGCCCCAGUGAAGCUCUUCAACAAGGACGUUCCAAACCACGGCUUUCGCUCCGGCAUGAAGCUGGAGGCCGUAGACCUGAUGGAGCCGCGGUUGGUGUGCGUCGCCACGGUGACUCGGAUCGUCCAUCGGCUGCUGCGGAUCCACUUUGACGGCUGGGAGGAUGAGUACGACCAGUGGGUGGACUGCGAGUCGCCGGACCUCUACCCCGUGGGCUGGUGCCAGCUGACCGGCUACCAGCUGCAGCCUCCGGCCGCUCAGGCCUCUAGAGAGCGUCCUCCAAGUGUGACCAAACAAAAGAAGAAAUCCCAGCAGUACAAGGGCCAGAAGAAAAAGCGUAAGAGCGUUCCCAUUGGUAAGCGGCCCGUGAGCCUGACGGGCAUCGCCCUGACCGGGGUCCCGCAGCGGAGCCUCUCGGGGGACGAGAACAUGACCCCCCCGGAUUGCCCCUCCCCCCCGACACCGCCCACCGCCUCCGAGGCCGGUCACACUGUGUCCGCCAGCCAGGACCUCAGCCCUGCCCGCAAAGCAGGGGUGGCGCUGCAGGUGAAGGAGGAGGCGAUGGAGCCUGACGAGUUCACCUUCCCACAGGCUGUUACUGAGCGCCAGAGCCCCGCGCCCGCUCUCUACAUCAAACAGGAGCCCUGACGGCCACUACCACGGCGGGGGAGCCAUGGGAGCAACAGGGCAGAAGAGCCCAUCUCUCUCUCUCUCUCUCUCUCUCUCUCUCUCUCUCUCUCUCUCUCUCUC